UCUAUAUAAAUAAUACUUUCCUUGGGAUGGGAAUGAUAAACAAUAAAUUGCUUUGUUUUGUUAAAGUCGCGUAAGCUUCUGUCGUCACAAAUUUAGGAAUCAUUUUGCAAUUGACUGUCAAACCUUCUGUGUGUGGCUGAUAAGUGACUCCUAAGGAAACAAGGAAUACAAAAAAAGGAAUAAUUAGGAACUUUAUGGUGAUUGGAAUGCAUGAGUGAACAACGAAAAUUUCACUGGAAUGUAAAAACUGGAUUACAUUAUCACUGGAUUAUAUUAUUAUUAUUAUUGAUCAACCAAGAUUUUAUUUGAGUAUACACUUUGCUCAAGAUAUAUAUUAUUGUAAUAGGUGCUUUGGACUAAAUUUGAACUAUUAGAAAAUAUUCUCUUAAUUGUUGAGACUUUAUCUUAUUCAUAUAAAAGUACUGGAUUACUGGUUAUCACUGGAAUAAAAUCAGAGUACUGAUUAUAUAACAUGUCACCAAUAAAAACUUAAAAGACGAUACACAGAAAUAUGACAAAUGUAUGAAUUUAACACUGAAUAUUUUCAUAAGAAAGAAAUGCUUAGAAUGUCUUUGAAUCACUAAUACAUGUUUCAUUAUUGCAUGAACCAACUGGAGUAACUUAAAAUAGAGGAUCAGAAUUCUAAUUAUAAUAAUUUGUAACUAAACAUUUCAAAACUAACAUGCCUGCUUUAUUAAUUCUAUUUUUCCUGGCAUGUUUUGGAUUUUGCCCUGUUAUAGCAGAGCUAACUUUUCAUGUUUAUGAGGAAUCACCAAUAUCUACCUAUAUUGGUUCUGUUUAUGACACCAGUAAAUCUAACAAGUCUAGCAGGUUUUUUUUCAUUGAACCAAAGACUGAUCUGUUUAGAAUUAACAAAGAUUCUGGAAAGAUUUUUACUGAUAAGCGUAUUAACCGGGAAGACUUAUGUGGAUCUGAUUCUUCAUGUGCUUUGACUACGAAGGUCCGAAUAGAUUCAGUAACAAUUGAAAUAGUGACUGUGAAAAUUUACAUAGAUGACAUCAAUGAUAAUGCUCCUAUUUUUUAUAAAAUUGAAACUUUAAAGAUUAGUGAAAACAGUUCACCUGAUAAAAUAUAUUCCAUUGAAGAAGCAUGGGAUUUUGAUUCAGGGAACAAUUCUGCAAUAUAUUAUACAUUGUUAGAUGAUGAAAAUAAUGCCUUUAGCUUGAUCCAGAAUGAGGGCCAACUGCAAGGCUUAAAAGUUAACAAGAUUUUGGAUUAUGAAGAACAAACAUUUUACCAGUUGACACUUGUAGCAAAAGAUCAAGGCAUUCCACAGAGAAGCGGCAGUACAUUCAUAAAUAUUACUGUGUUAGAUGAAAAUGAUAAUAGCCCAAUAUUUGAAAAAGUUGUCUAUAACCAAACAAUUUUUGAAAAUGUACCUGUAUCAUCAACAAUACUCAGAUUGCAUGCAGUCGACAAAGAUUCUGGUGAGAAUGGUGAAGUGAAAUACAAGUUAAGCCAUAAAACUUCUCUAAGUAUUAGAGAAAUUUUUGAAGUGAAAGAAUCUUCUGGAACAGUUAUUUUGAAAGGUAGUCUAGGUGAAAAAUAUCAAUAUUCUUUUGAUGUAAUAGCUUAUGACCAAGGGUCAAGGAGGCAUUCAGCAUCUGUAACUGUUACCAUUAAUAUUGUUGAUAUCAAUGACAAUUCUCCAGUCAUUACUAUUGAUCCUUCAUUGGCCAAUGUAUCAGAAUCUGAAACUGUGGGCUCCCAUGUAGCUGUUGCUUACAUUCAUGAUAAGGAUAAAGGUGACAAUGGUAAAGUGAACUGUUCGAUUGCUGUUAAUAGUCAGUACUUUGACCUCAACCUAAUUUCUUCAAUAACUUAUGAAAUAGUCAUUAAGCAUGAACUGGAUUUUGAAUACAUAACCACUUAUAAUAUCACUGUUGAAUGUGAAGAUAAUGGUAUACCUAAACUAAAAGGUGAAAAUACUCUUGUGGUGAGUGUCAUUGAUGAGAAUGACAAUCCUCCGGUUUUUACCAGUGACAUCAAGAUUGUUGAUAUCACUGAAAAUAAUAAAGUUCCUGAAAUUAUAACCCAGGUGAAAGCAACAGAUAAAGAUUAUGGUAUGAACUCUGAAAUAUAUUACUACCUUGAUUCUGACAAUGCAUCAGAUUUUAUUUUAGAUAACAGAACAGGUGUAAUCAUGACAAACAAAAUAUUUGAUAGAGAAACCAUUUCAGUGGUACAGAUUAAAGUUCUUGCAGUGGAUUGUGGAAUUUUACCUCUCACUGGCACUGGAACUGUACAGUUAAAGAUACUUGAUGCUAAUGAUAAUAUACCAAAAUUUCAAAAGCAACAUUAUGAGUUUCAUACAUUGGAAGCUCAGGCAAGAAAUGCCACAAUUGGGACUGUAGAAGCAAAAGAUUUGGAUGCUGGGGAAAAUGGAACAGUUACAUAUGUAAUUGAAAACAGCAACAGAGCUUCAGAGCUCUUCACUGUGACUGAUGGUGUUUUAAGGACUAAAGCUGUAUUAAAUCACAGGAAAGGGAGGAGAUAUGAUUUCUUGGUUGUAGCUACUGACCAUGGGAAAAAACCAUUGAAUUCAUCAACAAGUAUCACAGUAAUUGUUGAAGAUGCUAAUGACAACCGUCCCUUUAUUAUUUACCCUAGUGUUGCAAACAACAGCAUUUCAAUCAGUUACGAAAUGACCCUAGCUGACCGGCCUAUUUCACAGGUCGUAGCCUUUGAUGAUGAUGAAGGAGAAAAUGCUAGGUUAUCUUAUUUCCUUGAAGAUAUCCCUGAAACAACCAGUUUUUUCAGAAUUAAUGAAACAUCUGGUGAAAUAAUGCUGAUUAAAAAUGGUAAUGUCAGCAGACCAAGACAAAAGUAUAAAUUAUUGAUUUCUGUUAAAGACCAUGGUAAACCAGCACAAAAUACUACUACAGUUUUAUUUGUGAAUAUAACUGAUGGCAAACCAUUGACAAGCAAACCUAAUAUUCUUGAAAUUAUUUUACCAAUAUGUAUAGUAUUCAUUAUUCUAAUUAUCAUUGGAAUUGGAUACAUGUGGUCCAGAACUAAUAAAGAGAAAAGACGAUAUUUUGCAAAGAGACAUGAAGAUGCUUCACUUCGAAGGAAACGAGAUAAUUUUCCUAAAGAAAAUGAAUUCAAUAACAACAGUGGCAAGUCUGAGGCCUUGAAGAGAAGUACAUCUGAAGGAAAUGAUGCCCAGUCUUUGCAAGGAAAGGAAAAUAGCCAUGAAGCAGCAGGUAGUUUACCUCCAGAUAUACACACACGAACAGAAGAAAGUGGAAAUAAUGUGUCCAAAGAACCAUCAUUCCAGUACAGUAAUCUUUUGUGCAAAGAUGAUGCCAACAAUUCCCCACCAGAAGAGAGUGAAGAAUCUCAGAUCAGAGUUGAACCUGAAGUAAAUUUUCCGCUAGAUCGAGCAUCCAUCAAAGGAAGUAGUGCUGCUCUUAUUCAAGCCUAACAGCUUCAUCUUUGAAGUCUUGGAAGAAUAAAUGUAUGGCUAAACUCUCAGGAAACAGCCAGGAAUUUCAGAGAUACUUGGACAAAUGGACAAAUAUUCAGCCUAAAAUCUGGGUUAUGUGCACGACCCUAAUUUGAGUUUAAAAUAUUCCACUUUGAAGUCUUUCAUCUGAAACUGUUGACUUUGUGAAGGUUUCUUGAAAACAAAUUGUAUUUAAAACUUUAUAAUUGGUUAAAAAUGUGAUCUUCCAAAAUGUU